AUGAACGGCUCCCGGAUUGCUGUUCACCUAAUGAUCGAGUGGACUGCGGACAUCAGACCUCGAUACCUUCUGAACGUGACAUGCGUGGCGUUGGCGACCAUUCACAUGAUUGCGCUGAUGUUAACCGCGUUGUGUAUGAAUAUGUUGGCCGUGGAGCAGCAUUUGGCGACCAUUUGGGUGAAUGAUUACGAGGAGAAGUCGAUAAAAGUUGGCGUUAUUUUAAUGAUGAUUGUGGUAAGUGAUCAUGAAUCACUCACGACUUCAUUUGUUUGACGUUUUUUACCCUGCAGGUGGUUCAGUGCGUGCCAUUCGGAGUGUUUAUUAACUGGUGGUACCUCAGUGAUGACUAUGACUUGAAUAACUCGGUUGAGAGUUGUAUCCCGGUGGACCAUCAUUGGGAAUUGGCUCUGAUGGGCUUUGCGUUGUGCUUUAUCACUUGUAGUUUGUGUUCGGCGGUAAGUAGAGGUUCCUGAAUGUCUAUCAGUCUGUCGGGAAAAUAGUGAGCACAUUGUCGCUGAGCCAAUCGCGUCACGGCAAAUUCAACUUGCGAAAAGCAAGUUGAAUUUGCCGCGACACACUUCAUUUUCUCGGCGGCGAUGCGAUUUUCGACGUUCGCAGGAGGCAUUGCCAUUUUUUUCUGAUUUUUUUUCAGUGGCUAAUCCUCCUGCACCGCUACAAUCGGCGGAAGAUGCUGAAUCGGCUGAGUCUGGAGAGCCUGAGCGCGCGCUAUCAACAAACCGCAAAUGUGGAUUCGAAUCAGUCAAUUGUGCCUUCGCUAAUUGGGUAUAUGAUACUGAGCUUGAUUGGUCUCCUGUUGUCGUUUUUGCGAGGGAAGUUUGCCAGGGAAUAUGGCGAAUAUAACCCGUACGGGAAAAUCACCACGGAUGUGAGUUAAAUCAUCUUCUAUCAGUCUGUCGGGAAAAUAAUGAGCACAGUGCCGCUGUGCCAAUCGCGUCGCUGAAGUGAAAAAAAUUGAUUUUUCCGCAACACAAUUAAUUUUCUCGACGGCGAUGCAAUUUUCGACGCGGCAGAGUGCUCAUUAUUUUCCAGACAGACUUAUAUUUGCCACUGGUUUCAGAUGGGCUACUGUUCCGUUGACAUGUACGCCCUUUAUCACAUGUUUUGUUUCAUGUUCUACAACGAGGCCAUGCGCCAUGUUGUCCGUCGAGAUUUGCGCACCAUUUUUUGCUGUCUUCAUUCCGUCGACCCUUGCGAAUUCGUCGCCAAAACCGCACCUGGUCAAGAAGGCGACACCUACUUCAACAAUCUGCUGUCUUCGUGGAAUACGGCGUAG